UUAAUUGUGACAAUAAAAACAAUGACCACGAUAAGCCGCGAAACACCUUUACAGAAACACCAAAAGAACGUAAAGUCUGGGGCUUUUUUGACAGCAGAUUAGAGGCCUCGAAUAAAAAUUUUGUCGACGCAUUUCUUGAUCCUACUAAACUUCUAAAUCAUCUUAAUCUUUGCCGACUUCAUCAUACGGAAAAAUAUCAGUUUUUCAUCUUUUUCUUUUUUUAAAUGUUUUCUCCUUCGAUAAAAAUAAACCUGAUCAACGCAUUGGAAUGUAAAGGAUAAACGAAAAGAUAGCAUUUCGUUGCUACAGUUAUGCAAAAUAAAAUAUGGAGCUCUUCUGUCACGUGCAAAUGGCGCUAAGGUGAGGUAUAAUAUCGAGCCCCCUCGACUGCCAAUUACCAAUUUUCCCCCAAUGUAAUUAAAACUGUGAUUCGUUUCUUUAGAAAUUAGACAAAAGAUAGCUAAUUAGAAAGCUUUUUAGAUAGGCCAGAAAUUUAGAAUCUUUAGCAACAACCAAUGGCAAGGUUGCGAAUUCUCCGUGCUAUGUGUUUUUUUUUUUAUGUAUAAUUCGCACGUGCGUUAUAGCGGUAUAAAAGUUGGAUGACAAUUCUUUCUCAUCACCGAGAAAUUUCAGAUCCUGUUUCAGAUUUUCUGUACAAGACUACCUUACCAGCGAGUUUUGCAAGACUUUCGAGAAAUGGCGCGCACCAAACAGACCGCUCGUAAAUCAACCGGAGGAAAGGCUGCACGAAAGCAACUCGCAACAAGGGUAGCAAUGAAAAGUGCUCCAGCCACUGGCGGCGUUAAGAAACCUCAUCGUUACCGGCCAGGAACUGUCGCUCUCCGAGAGAUUCGCCGCUACCAGAAGUCCACAGAACUGCUCAUCCGCAAGCUCCCUUUCCAGAGAUUGAUCCGUGAGAUAGCGCAAGAUUUCAAAACAGACUUGCGUUUCCAGAGUUCUGCGGUGUUGGCGCUACAAGAAGCUGCAGAGGCGUACUUGGUAGGAUUGUUUGAGGAUACUAAUCUUUGUGCAAUCCACGCUAAACGAGUCACCAUCAUGCCUAAAGACAUUCAACUAGCGAGACGAAUCCGCGGAGAACGCGCUUAACUGAACUAUCUUGGUACUUUUCUUUACUUUUUGAUUGAACCUGUUUUGAUUUAAUUUUCACAUAGAUAUUGGUGAAAUUUUACUGCUACAAAUUUUCUAGACGACGUACAGGCACCGUUUGUUUACAGAAAUAACUCGAAAUUGAGGAAGACUUGCGUAUUCGUAAAUUUGUAACGCCUGUGUAUAUAACGCGUGUAAGAUAUAGCAAUACAACUGCUGUAAAUUCAUUAUUAUUGAAGUAUCAUUUGCAUGUAAAUACAAGCAGCCAUCAUCUGCGUUUUAUUUUAUCUUUCUCAUUGUAACAGGCAAGUUAAAUAAAAAUUUCAGUCACCUAUUUCGCGUUAUUCAGAGUAAUCCUGUUUUGCGCUGCAAACGGAAACUUGCGCUUUGCAACCGAAUUGCUCAUAUAGUGCGAGAAAAACUUAAAAAAGUUCGAAGUUUAAAAGGUUCUCUACAAUGUGUUUCGGGUAAAUUUCAAGCCAGUAGAUUCCCUGUGACUACAAUACCGCAACACCGUAAACUUAGUCACAAUAAACGAAAAAAAGUCAAGCAAGUUCUGAACUGCAAACAUCCUUUAGUGCUUUGACGUAAAAUCUCAUUUCGCCCUACAAACUAAGAUGGUUAUGCAACAUCAUUCUAAACAAACAUUCGACAUCGGA